UCCGCCGCGCGGGGCAGGCCGGGAAUGCGAGUCGCGAUUGGCCGGCGCCCGCCCCGCUCUGCAGCGUGCGGGGCAGCAGGAAGCGGGAACAGCGCGAGCGCGGCGCGGCGGAGCGGUGAGUGCCGGCUUUUCCUUCUGCCAUGGAAGCUGAGGAAAAAAUGGAAUGCAUCCAGGAAUUCCCAGAACACUAUAAAGUCAUUUUGGAUAGAUUGAAUGAACAGCGUGAGCAGGACCAGUUCACAGACAUCACUCUAAUUGUGGACGGCCACCAUUUCAAAGCUCAUAAAGCUGUCCUUGCUGCCUGUAGCCAGUUCUUCUACAGAUUCUUCCAAGAUUUCACUCAGGAGCCCUUGGUGGAGAUUGAAGGUGUAAGUAACAUGGCAUUUCGUCACCUAAUAGAAUUCACCUAUACAGCGAAACUAAUGGUCCAAGGUGAGGAAGAAGCAAAUGAUGUUUGGAAAGCGGCAGAAUAUCUGCAGAUGUUAGAAGCAAUCAAAGCUCUUGAAAUCAGAAACAAAGAAAAUUCAUCAGCCUUAGAAUCAAAUGAAACAGAAGGUAAAAGUAAAGUGAAAAAGAGGAAGAUAGCUGAAACAUCUAAUGUUAUCACAGAAACACUGCCAUCUGCAGAAUCAGAGCCUGUUGAAAUUGAAGUUGAGAUUGCUGAGGGAACAAUUGAAGUGGAAGAAGACAUUGAGACACUUGAGGAAGUAGCUUCUGCAGAGCAGUCCAUAAAGUACAUACAGACAACGGGUACAUCCGAUGAAUCUGCUUUGGCUCUUUUGGCAGAUAUCACUAGCAAGUAUCGACAGGGAGAGCGAAAAUGCCAGAUCCAAGAAAAAGCUGACAAUGCAGCUGAUCCUUCAUGCAAACAGGUAGAAGGUAUUGAAAUUGUGGAACUUCAACUGUCACACGUGAACAAUUUAUUCCACUGUGAGAAAUGUAACCGUUCAUUUAAAUUGUUUUACCAUUUUAAGGAACACAUGAAAACACACUCUACUGAGAGUUACAAGUGUGACAUAUGCAAUAAAAGGUACCUACGAGAGAAUGCUCUGAAACAGCACCUCACCUGUUACCACCUUGAUGAAGGUGGUGCCCCUAAGAAGCAAAGACCUGGCAAAAAAAUACAUAUAUGCCAGUACUGUGAUAAACAGUUUGACCACUUCGGGCAUUUUAAAGAGCACCUCCGGAAACACACAGGUGAAAAACCAUUUGAAUGUCCAAACUGCCAUGAACGUUUCGCUAGGAAUAGCACGCUCAAGUGUCACUUGACAGCCUGCCAGUCUGGAGCUGGAGCUAAAAAGGGAAGGAAGAAGCUGUAUGAAUGUCAGGUUUGUAACAGCGUGUUUAACAGCUGGGAUCAGUUUAAAGAUCACUUGGUAAUCCACACUGGCGACAAACCCAACCACUGUACUUUAUGUGAUUUGUGGUUUAUGCAAGGCAGUGAGCUGAGGAGGCAUCUAAAAGACACGCAUAAUAUUUCAGACCGACUAGUGACAGAAGAGAUUCUUCCAGUGGAAGCUGUGGAAGGUGAACCAGUAACAUCAAUGACUAUAAUAGAACAAGUGGAGCAAGUUCAUGUCCUACCAGUAAUUCAGGUACAAGUGGAUCCUGCACAGGUUACUGUGGAACAGAUGCACCAGGAUCUCAUACAGGACAAUCAAGUGAAAGGCACACAGAUGGAUGAACUGCAAGAACAGGUGCAAAUUAGCUACCUGGAAGUGGAGCACAUUCAAACUGAACAAGGUGCUGAAGUUCAUGUGGAGCAGUUGCAUGUUGAGCAUGUUAAUCAAAUACAGAUGGAAGAAGUACGAGCAGAACUUAUAGAUGGCACUGACCUCGAACAAGUAGAAUAUGAGAGUGUUGACCAAGGAGAUCCAGGAGAAAAGGAACCUAGUUGCAUAGAUGAUGCAGAUGAUGCAGGUAAAGAAGUUCAUGAACAGGCUGAAGAGUUAAAAACUCAACAGAUAGUGGAAACAAACGAUGAAAAGGUGGACAACUAGGACAGUUAACAACUCUGUGCAGGCUUAGGAUUAUAAUACCAAAUUCUUUUUUGUUAACUUUUACAUUGAUUUUUGAACUGUCAGUGGUCAUCUUUCAAAUAUGCUGUCCUUUGGAAGCUGGACAAGUGGACCAAAAUUAGCUUUCUUCGUGUACAACUGAAUUUCUGUCACACGUGAAAAAUAACUGUUAUUCAUGUAAUACCACAGAACAGAAACUACCACAGAAACGGGCAGCUUUGCAAGAAUUUUAAUAAUGAAUAGCUUGUAUUACUGUUAGACCAUCGCUCGUUAUGUGUAAGAAUGACUUCACCUCUUCUUGCUUAAGAAGCAAGCUGUUAUAGAUUUGCAGGGUGUCUGUGACAGAAGAAUUAGUAAAAUCUGGUGGCUUCUCAUACAAACGAUCCAUCCGGUACCUGUGAAUUUUCUGGGCAGUGUGCCUGCCAUCCACCUGCGGUGCUGUGUCUGACAGCAGUCCCUGCAUUUCUUUAUAUCAAGCUGGAACUUCUGAACUUUCAUUCUGGGCGAAAAAUAUUUUUGCUGGAGAUCUCAGAGCACAAAAAUUCUGUGCCUUUUCAACACUGACUGGUGGAAUUUCCACAGAGCUCCUGAAGUGUUCAGGAACCUCGUUCAGUAAAAGGCAAUGUAGGUAAUGUUUUAGUGCUUUUAUUUUUGCUUGAAAUUGUCAUCUACUGAUUUUUAUUAUUUUUUUUUAAUUUUUUUUUGCAUUACACUUACUAUGAGGAGUGUCGGGGGAAGAACCAAAUAACAUGGGGAUAAUAGAACACUCUAAAGGGACACAUUAGAGACUGUGUUAAACGUGAGCUGGAGGAAAGCUACCAGCAGACUUUUAUAAAUACUCGUUUUUGAAAGUGAAUAUGUUUAAACAAAUGCAGAGAAGACUUGUCUAUAUGGUGUUGGAUUCUUGGUUGCUUGUUUCUCUUUUUUUCGAAAUGAAGUUCUGACAUUUGACACAAAGACAUUGUGCUAAAAAUAAAAAUAAAAAGCCAUAGGUAUGAGUGCUAAACUGGGGAUCGGAAAGGAGGGGGUAUAAGCAUUUUACUCAAUAUUACACAAUAAAACAAUACCAACCGUGAAAUGUUGCACUAUUUAUCUCAUCUGAUAAAGCAGAAACAGCGGAGUGGCUGGCAAUUAUGGUGUCACAUCUCAGUGUUAACAAUCAAUCUCAUUAUAGUAAUGGGCUAUUAAUUUAAUUUUAAAGGUUAUGUUUGUUUAGAAAGUAUGUCUAGAUCUGUGUUCAGCCGUGUUAAGGACUCCUAAUUCUCAAUUACUGCCUUGAGACUAUAGAGUUCUAUGCUUCUGAAGAACUUCCUUUGCAAAGCCUUAAGCGAAGGGCUCUCAAAGGAAGUUCUCUAAUGCACUUAGUAAUCCUGUAGCUCUUAGUUAAAAUCAAGCUUUUCCAUUCUGUCUUCUCCAAAGGCAGGAUUAUUUCCUGAAAUUUGUGCUUUUAUUUAGUGUCAUGCAGAAUGGUUGUUGUGUUUUAUCUUAUCCAUUGAGAAACUGUUGCAAAACAAACAUGGAUCUCAAUUAAAGUUCCCAACGAUUUGAUUAA